AUGCCUUCUCAACCCCCACUACCGCCACUCCUCACACCAUAUCUAUCAUCUCAACCUGAAUCUUCCCUGACUUUGAUCUCGUCCAUUCUUGGUGCAACUUCCAAUUGGCUAGUCCUGAGAUAUCUCUACUCAGCACUCAGCACUUCAAAUAGCUCCAACGUCUCUCUAGGCUUUGAAGAGUCGCACAAUGGCGCAAAGAAGAUCGUUCUUGUAAGCUUCCUGCGGGGUUGGGAAUUCUGGAGAGCAGAGGCAAAGCGAUUGGGUUUGGAUCUUGCACGACUAGCAGAUAAGAAACAAUUUGCUUUAGUGGAUGGGUUGUCUGAGCUAUUCUGUCCUCCGCAAACAACAAAUGCUACUCCCAAUCCACCUUCCAUCAAUGCAGGUAUCCCUGCACGCACAACACUUCCGCUCCGGGGUCCACCUGGUGCUGUGCCUGGAAGAGCACCGCACCCCGCCGCACCAGUAGCCAGAAGCGAGAGUGUGGCACGAAACCCAACCGAGCUAGGCAUUGCGAAGAAACUGCAUUUCUCCGGACGUGGCACCGCAGCCCUGGAUUCCCUAGAAAAGGACAUAAUCGCUGUCAUUGAGCAACUUAAGGCUUCCAAUGAUGAAAGCGAAGAAGUCCUUCUCAUUAUCGACCAGCCGGAUUUUCUUCUCGCAGCUACAGGCGCAAGUAUGGGGAUCGGAGCUACGGAAAUGAGCGAGUGGGUCACGGGUCUACAGCAGGCGGUUCAUGCUACAGUACUGACACUCGCGGCUGAUUCUCCGCUAAUUCACAAUGCUUGUUCUGGAAAUCAGGGAUCUACACCACUGGAGGGGGAACAUGCAGCUUUUGCUAUCGGGUUGGCGCAUAGGGCAAGUUCAGUCCUGCAACUCCGGACCUUGGAGACUGGAGCCGCGAGGGACGUGAGUGGAGUGUUGAGAAUCAGUCGAGGUGGUGGAUUGAGUGUCGGUGUGAAUGGGCUGGAUGAGAGGGAAUUGCUGUACUAUAUCCAUCGGGAUGGCGGGGUUAAAGUGUUUGGACGUGGAGAAUCUUGA